CCAAAUCUGAGAUCUUAAUUAUUUAAAUUCUAAAAUAUGAAUCAACUUCUCAGGAUAGAUGAAACAGGAAGCCUGAGACAAUUUAAGACUUUAUCUUUUCUUAUUCUUUCUAGUUGAUCCCUAAGAAACUACCUUUCUGAAGAGAACAAACAGCCCACAAAAGCUUUUCUUUCCUUGGCAAUUGAUUUUUUUUCUUUUUACAAAUUUAAUUUUUCAUAGUGCAAGGUAAUCAGAAAUCCAUUUUCUCCAGAAGUGCCUUGUGUCUGCAAAAGCUUGUUUGAGAGCACCAGAGGAAGCUAAUCAGUGACCUUUUUUCACCUCCUUUCUAGCUUAUUCCCCUCCCUUCCCCACCAAAGCUGAGGUGUGUCACUACUGCACUGAGGCUGAUGAAGACACUUGAGCACUCUCGGGGAUGCUCAGCUGUGACAGAAGCACUGCCACUGUCUACCGAAGCUGAUCGUGAGACACUCAUAUGCAGAGUUUAACAGAUGCUGGGCAGCGCACCUGCUUGCUGUAGCCAAGGCUGCAGGUUCCCUUAAUUCCAAGCCAUGAAUGAAUCCAGGUGGAUUGAAUGGAGGAUCCUGAACAUGAGCAGUGGCAUUGUGAAUGCGUCCGAACGUCACUCCUGCCCACUUGGAUUUGGCCACUACGGUGCGGUGGAUGUCUGCGUCUUUGAGACAGUUGUUAUUGUCUUGCUGACAUUUCUAAUCAUUGCUGGGAAUUUAACAGUCAUCUUUGUCUUUCAUUGUGCUCCACUCUUGCACCAUUAUACUACCAGCUAUUUCAUUCAGACAAUGGCAUAUGCUGAUCUUUUCGUUGGAGUUAGCUGCUUGGUUCCUACUCUUUCACUUCUCCACUACUCCACAGGUAUCCAUGAGUCAUUGACUUGCCAGGUUUUUGGAUACAUCAUCUCAGUUCUAAAAAGUGUUUCUAUGGCAUGUCUUGCUUGCAUUAGUUUGGAUCGCUAUCUUGCAAUAACCAAGCCUCUUUCCUACAAUCAACUGGUCACCCCUUGUCGCCUGAGAGUUUGCAUUAUUUUGAUCUGGAUCUACUCUUGCCUAAUAUUCUUGCCUUCCUUUUUGGGAUGGGGGAAACCUGGUUACCACGGUGACAUUUUUGAAUGGUGUGCCACCUCCUGGCUCACCAGUGCCUAUUUUACUGGCUUUAUUGUUUGUUUACUAUAUGCUCCUGCUGCCUUUGUUGUCUGCUUCACUUACUUCCACAUUUUCAAAAUUUGCCGGCAGCACACCAAAGAAAUAAAUGAUCGGAGGGCCCGAUUCCCUAGGCACGAGGUGGAUGCCUCUGGAGAGACUGGGCAUAGCCCUGACCGUCGCUACGCCAUGGUUUUGUUUCGGAUAACUAGUGUGUUUUACAUGCUGUGGCUCCCCUAUAUCAUUUACUUUCUUCUAGAAAGCUCCCGGGUCUUGGACAAUCCAACACUGUCCUUCCUGACAACCUGGCUUGCUAUAAGUAAUAGUUUUUGUAACUGUGUAAUAUACAGCCUUUCCAACAGUGUUUUCCGGCUAGGCCUCCGAAGACUGUCCGAGACAAUGUGCACAUCUUGUAUGUGUGUGAAGGAUCAGGAAGCACGAGACCCUAAACCUAGGAAACGGGCUAAUUCCUGCUCCAUUUGAAGAGAACUACACAGUAAAUCAAAUGUAAUGUGACAGUGGUUUUGGAUUGUAUUCUUGAUUCAUCUGGAAAUUUGCCACUAGAGAAAUAUUUACUUGAAUAGUUGACUAUGGGGUGAAGGGACUAAUGGUUUCUUUUUUUCUUUUUUCAUGGAGAAAAAGGCUAAAGAAAAGGAUGUAUAGAGGGCAGUCUUGUGAGAUAAUUAUAGUAUGUGAGUAUAAAUGUGCAGUAAUAGGAAAAAUUAAGCACUGAGAAUGAAAAAAGUAUCUCAGAUCUUCCACAGGAACUGAGCAAAGCCCCUCGGCGUCUCUGUCUCUGAUGGAACUCUGUCCUCUCUCGCUGGCUCUCAUUCUGUCUGUCUGUCUGUCUGUCUCGCUCCCUCUCUCAGUGUUUGUAGAAAUUACUUACAUAAAUUGCCCUUCAUAGAAAAAUGCUACAUAUUAUAUAUGUAGCAAAGUAUAAUCUUUUGCAUCAAAGUGUUCUUUUAAACACACUAAUCUAUAAUCUCUAAGUGGUCUCUCCAUGGAGAAUGCAUAGUAAGCGUUGUAUUUUAUCACCUGCCACACAACCCAUUUGCUUGUGUUUUUAUAAUAUCUGUGGCACAAAUUUUCUGCUAUGAACAAAAAGAAACAGUAUUUUUGUUUAUUCUGGGUAAAAUUUUUCUUGGCUUCCUCCUCUUCCUAACAGUGUGCUAUUUUUUUCUCUCCAUUUUUCUUGAUCUGCAUCCUUUGGUACCUUAAUCCAGAAGUGUCUUAGCUAAUGAAAGAAUCUACUAAAUAAAGCAAUUGUAAUGUUAAUUUAUUCCUUGCAACAAAGCAAUCUAUAGCCUGUUUGAGAUAUUGUGUUAAGUGUUUUUAAUUGCUUUUGGAAACAUUUUUAUCUGGCUCCUUUUAAAUUAGUUCAUCUGCCCAAAGUGGUAUCUUUUUUGCUAUAGUAUAGCUUUGUUUUUCUUUGAGAAAAUCCACAAACAAUUCUAAUGCAGAUGCAGAGUACUCACCCAGAAAUGAGGUAUAGAUCUUAAAGCUGCUUGGUGCGUCCAUUUUUUUUUUUUGAGUAAAAUAUUAACCUUUUUGUGUUAGGUCUACAAAGCUUACUGUUGUGUUCACUAAUCGUUUGUGUGAUAUGCAUUUGCACAUACUAUAUUUUUUACAACAAAGAAAAUAUAAAUUAUAUUCUGUGAUCUGUGCCUAAUGUUUUCUUAGCACAAUAUAUAGAUUAAUGUUGCUUAAGUCAUCAACAUUGGGGAAAAACUACAAAAACUUCUUUUAAGAGAAAAAUGCUUUUGUGUGGCUGUUAUUUAGAUAUUUAUAUUAGACCAAGCUGCAUUCUUAGUGCUGCUGAGAAUAUACUUAAUUAUCAAAUACAGUUAGGAGCCGUCAGUAUUUUCUUUUGUAAUGAUCUGUUUUCAUAUUCAGAGAUUAAAUAAACUUAUUUUUUAGUGUGCUACAUGGAAUUGUGUAAUAAAUUUUCAGAGGUUUAAAUGUAGCAAAAUGGCAUUUGAGGAAUUAGUAGUGAAGCAGGUGUGAGUGGUAAAACAUCUAAAUCUUACUUUUUUUUUACCAUAAGUUUCCUGCCUGAUAGAUAUUUUAAAAUUUAUAUAAAAUGAGUAUUUUUCUCAGCAUUUUUGAUUUCUUUGUUUUAUGAAAUGCAUUUAAUGAAAUGUGCCUAUGACUCUUCAGAUUGGAAGCCAACCAUGUUUGCACACUGGUGGUUUGACUUCAGAGGUACUUUAGUAGAAAUGUCAUCAUUUUAUUGAGGUUGCUCUGAACUCAUGUAUAUUUUUAAACAUGUAAGAAAGGUUUAAAAUAAAGAAUAAAAUAGUAUUCUAUACAUCAAAAUCAGACUUUGCUUCAGUUUAAUAAAACGCUUACUUAGAACAAGAGUUUAUUGGGGAAUCAAAAUUUGUUUCACAUUUCUGUGGUUUGGGUUGUUUAUAGUUAUUCUUGUCCCUUGUUUGCUGUGGCAUCUUGGAUAAGUUGAAAUGCUGAAAGUUUUGAUAAGUUGAAAGUCUGAACUUGCAAGUUCAGACCAGUUCAAGGAAGAUAAAGUACAAGGAAGCAUAAUAUUGCUACCUUUUCAGUUGUCAUAAACAGAAGCUUCAAUGUUAUGUGUAUUAUUUGAGAAUCAGAUUUUGAUUCCUUUAGUGUGGUGUGUAGAUAUAGUUAGAAAAGACUCAGUAGAUCUUCUGCACAGAAAACCUGAGGCUGUAUUCAUUGCGUUUUCCUCUUCUGGCUUUUCCUCGUGAUAAUUAAUAACCACAAUUAUGUGCCAGGCACUGUGUUAAGUUUUACAUAUAUUAUAACAUUUAAUCCUCACUACAACCUUUGAGAUAGGUACUGUUCUUAUCCCCAUCCUAGAGAUGAAGAAACUAAAGACAAGUGAUUUAUCCACGGUCACUCAAUGAGUCAAUGGCAGAGGUUCAUGCACACUCAGUUGUGCUGGAGCCAAAGCCUGUGCCUUUAACCACGGUGCUAUUUUACUGCUUUUUUUGCCCCCAAAAGUCUUCAGAUCUUUGUACCUCUGUCUGUACCUUUUCCCUAGAAAUUUCUGUUAGUUUUCUUUUUUAUCACCUAAAUCUUUGCUUCAGUUCUUUCCUUAUCUUGUGGUAUCUUUUCCUUGAUCUUACAAAUUUCUUAUUAAAACAGCAAUCUGAUAAGCCCAAACUUGCCAGUUUAGUCUGUAAUCAAACUGAAACCCUGGGGCAUGGCAUCUCCUUGA